UUCCAGGACGGCUCGUAACAUUGUUAAAAUUUAGCUAAGUUCACCUCUGACUUUUUUUUUUUUUAAUUUGUGCGUUUAGCUGACGAAAAUUGUCGCUGACUUCUUCAAUAUUCCUCCUCGUUGGUCACUAGCAUGGAGGUUAGAGAUAAGAUGAAAGAUUUAAACAUGACAGCGGAUGAAAUCGACAGACUGAAAAAAGCUUUUAAAGACGAGAAAUUCAGGGAAAUGCUGCGCGAUUACGCGCAGGAGCUAUCAGACCCCGAGAACAAGAAAAGAUAUGAAGAGGAGAUCAAACUUUUGGAGCAGGAGAGAGGACACACUGUUGAAUUUAUCCACCCAGAACCGUUCAAGGCUCUCAGGACGAGUGUGAACGGAAAGCAGAAGUGUUUUAUCAACAUCUGCGCCAAUGAAAAAGUUGGAAAGCCUGAAUGUAAAUGGGGGGAGUCGGAGGAUGGCCGCAGAGGACAGUGUUGGUCCCUGCCUCACAGUCUGCACCCAGGGAGACAAGACACAGACCCCAAGGGGAACAAGAUCAUCAUCUAUGAUGUUAUUUUCCACCCUGACACCCUCCACAUUGCAAGCAAAAACAAAGGAUUUAUGGAUAUGGUGGAAGGCACAGCCAUCCAGGGCAUCCAGGAUGGUUUCAAAGUGACUCUGGAUAAAAACAACGUGAGGCAGAUGAGUACAAAAUACAAAGGCACCCCACAGCCUUGUGUCAUCCGCAAGCCAAUACCUGGAUAUAAAGCCAAGGAGCACUCAGAUGACCCUCUUGCGUUCCCAUAUCCAGAUGAAAAAAGACCCACAUCGCUGCAAACUCAGCCCACAGAAUCAACAAAAAACAGCAGUAUUGCUAAAUCUCAAAGCUUCAGCAUGAAGCCCCAGAAAGAGCCUACCAAGCCAAACUACACAGUAAAAUAUCGCUCUUUUGUGGAUCUACAGGACUUUAGGUACUCCAGAGACUCGGCCCAAAGCCCCAGACCCAAAGAGAUAGUUGUUACCAUCGACAUGCCACUUCUGAAGGCGGCCGCAGACGCCAGCCUGGAGGUAAAGGAGAGACGGCUGCUGCUGGAGUCCAAGAAACCAGCCUACAAACUGGAGCUGCCCUUAGCCUACCCAGUAGAUGAAGAUAAAGGGGAGGCCAAGUUCAACAAACAGAGAGGACAGCUCACAGUCACACUGCCCGUUCUUCCUUCUAAUGAAGCUUUUGAUUUUUCCUUAAGGCCUGCUGAGACUAGUGUAGGUGAUGAUGACGAACAGCAGGGGAAAAGAGAUGUUGAAGGGGAUUUGAGGCAGCAGACAGAGGUAGAGAAAGGUGGAGAAGAGGUAGAAAGAGGUCCAGAGAAAGGAGAGGAGCAAGUGAGGGAAAGCCAAGAAGGGUCAGUGGGUGAGACAGAAACAUGGAGAAAGCAGAAGGAGGAGGGAGAAAACAAAGAGGAAGAUGAAAUUGGUGUGGAGGAGGAGAACUUAAAAGAGCAGAAAAAUGAAAAAGAAGUUGAUAACCCGCAGAAUAGGCAGCAACAUGAAGAUAAAAAUGAUUCUGGUGUAACAAGUUUACAGUGUGACACCGCUGAUGUUUCUGUCAAAGAAGAAAGCUCACUGCCUGUUAAUAACAGGCUUGUGGAUUCACCUGAAACAGAGAGCCGCCCUGUUUUAAUCAUUGCUGAUCAACCAACCUGCGAAGGAAAAGAAGACCACUCUUGUUUGGAGUCAACACCCGAAAUUUCAGACUUCAAAGAUGAGACUGAACAGACAAGAGAGAGUGCACAUGGAAAGGAGAAGGUAACUGGAACAGAUGCUCUGCAUCAACGAUCCCGUGACGAAUCCCAAACUUGCAUCUCAGCUAGCAGCCAGAACACAAAGGACUGCAAUAUUCAGGAGUCCAGCGAGAUGCCUGCAACAGAUGAAGCAAACAAGUCAAGCAGAGGAGGUUUAAGCAACAGGGUCGCCCUCUGCUCUGAGGAGCGCCGUGGGGGCUCAGUGAAGCAGGAGGACGUAGAUGAAGAUGACCUGCUGAUACAGCAAAUCUUCCACAACACGGGGCACAACAACAAACCGCCACCUGUGUUAUUGAGGGAAAUUGAUAAAGAUGGAAAUGAAACGGUCAUCAGUAAUCAUUUCACCUCCGCCGCGUUCAUCUUGCAAAACUCUCUGAUGUACGAGCUGGACUGA